AUGACGCCGGUGGCAACCGAAGGCGGCGCAGUACAGCUGCCUCUUACAGACCCAACCGAUGCGCUACUACAGACCCAGUAUGGCGCCUGGUACCCACACAACCGCUCUAUAGCACCAAAAUCUACUAUCCUGAAUUUGGAUGAGAUGGAGCCUGACUUUGUCAAGUGGCUCGACGAGGAUGGGCUCGUGCUUGCAGAUGCAAACGACACGGCUGAUCCCAAGCCGCGUCCUACGCGCAAUGCAGCGGAAGACGACAAUGUGAUGAGUGAUGCGAGCGACGAGGACACGAGCGAGCCGCAAUUUCCCAUCCUCAAUGCCAAGAUCCGCACCGUGCUCGCAGACUACGGCGCCAUCUUUCCGAAACUGAAUUGGAGUGCGCCGCUGGACGCCGCAUGGAUUAUGACGAGCAAAACACUCAAGUGCCAAAGCCCAAACGAUAUAUAUAUGCUGAUAAAAUCCUCUGAUUUUGCGAUGCGCGAUGUCGAGCAAGUCCAAGCGCUGCGCAGCGUAUGCGCCGAACAAGCACGGCCCCAGCGCCCCCAACUGGAGCUGGUAUUGAAAAAGUGGUUUGAGAUGCCGCGCUCCCACGAGUUCCGGUGCUUUGUGCGCGCGGGCCGCCUGAUUGCAGCGUGCCAGCGGGAUAUUACCUACUACGAACACUUGCAAGACGCGCCGACGCAGGAGCAAAUUGUGUCUGCAUUGCACACAUUCUUCACAGCACAUCUUGCGCCGAGCGAGACUCGCACGCUACGGGAUAUGGUAUUUGACGUGUAUCUUACGCGCCAUCUCGACCGCUGCUUUUUGAUCGACGUGAAUCCGCGCUCGAGCACGCCCAAGCACAUCCACUUGCACUGA